AUGGCAAAGCAUCCUUUCAAACAGAAUAAAUCCCCAAAAUUUGGAAAGGGGAAGUUGAAAUCCGCAUUGACGCGGUAUCACUCAGAAACGAACAAAAAACACGGCUUGCUUUGCAAGGAAGGUGCAGAAGGAAAAGGGAAAACUUUAAUAAAGGACAAUUAUAAUAAUAACACACAAAGUAGCAGUGCAACCACACGUCCAUACUUGAACAAGCCUUUCAUUCCAUUUGCUCCAUCUGACCAUUUAUUACUGGUGGGCGAAGGAGAUUUCUCAUUUACACAAAGCAUAGUAAAUGCAGACUAUGUAAAACCCUCCUGUACUUGGGCAACAAGUCUGGAUUCAGAGGAUGAUAUCUACAAGAAGUAUCCACAUGCAAAAGAAAUCAUUGAGUCCUUAAGAUUUAGUGGCGUUCAUGUUAUAUUCAAAAUAGAUGCGACACAAUUAGUUAGUUCUUUCAAAUUGAGUCUGAAUGUUAAAAAGCAUGCCAAUCGCAAUGUCACGAUGCUUGGAACUGAUCAUAUUGAUCUCAUCAUGUUCAACUUCCCUCACACAGGCAAAGGCAUUAAGGACAUUGCAAGAAACAUAAUCUAUCAUCAAAAACUGAUUUACUCCUUUUUCAAAAGUUGCUCUGAUUUUUUCAACCUUCUCGAUGCAUCACGACUAGCCACUCAGAAAGUUUACCACGAGAAGACCCAGGGAACGUCGAGGGAACCCAGAUAUGCCAAGGCUCUAGCUUUCCAAUCAGAGAUAUCCAAAAAAAGGAUUGCUUUGGCGUUAUUUGAAGGUGAGCCGUAUGACUCUUGGCAAGUCAAGCGUUUGGCACGAGAAUCAAUCGGCUAUAAGGUUGAAAGAUCAGGACGAUUUGCAUGGGAAGCUUUUGAUGGUUAUCAUCAUAGAAGAACAAAUAGUAUGAAGAAUACAACCAAAAUUGCACAUGAGAGAAAUGCUCGUUUGUAUGUCUUCGAAAAAGCUGUGAAUUCUGAUAACAGAGACUUCGUUGGACCAGAAAAGGUUGACAUUGAUGAUGAAUAA